AUGUCGUCUCCCAGACAGAUUGAAGACGAAGAAUUCUGGAUCCCACACAACCCUGUUCAAAACGGAUGGGAAAUCGAGCCCUACAGUGCGGCAUUGGUGAAAGACACACCAGAGCUUGGCGGAUGCAUGCCUGGAGAGAACCCCUCGACUGACCAAGAUCAGCUUUACAAACCCGAUGACCAGGUGUUCGAGAAACGUGAACGCAAGGAUGGCCAAAAGGUUCGGAACGAGGAGGACCAUACUCGUUACUAUACAUGUUGCGCAGAGAGAGACGCCAAUGGAAAAUUGAUCUAUAAACUCAAGGACAAACCAAAGAACAAAGGGGGUAAGACAAUAAAAUUGGCGAGGCAGAAGGAACUUCGGAAAUUCAAAAAGCAGAUUGAAUACCAGGAGGAGACGGGGGAGACGAAUGACAAUGGGGAGUGA